ACCGGCGAGACGGAAUCGGACCCGCGCCGACCCGGAGGACCCCUUCAUCAGCAUGACUCGUGCUCGUCUUCUCGCUCUGACCGUCGUUUUGCGCUUAUGCGCGGCCGGCUGGCCGCCGCUACCUCAAUCGGACCUUCCCCCGGGUGCCCGGCAGGGGGCGGACUUGCCUGGCUGCGCCUCCUGCCAACUGAGGAAAAACUCCAGCGACGUGGUGGACGCCGUCAAGCGCCACAUCCUCAACGUGUUGCACCUGAGCUCGCGGCCUAACCUGACGCGGACGCUCCCUCGCGCCGCGCUCCUCAACGCCAUCCGGAAAGUUAACGUGGGCCGCGUGGCCGGCGAUGGCAGCGUGGACGUCCAGGCCGACGAUGCCGACCCCGAGGCCCCCGCUGUCGCUGAGGUCAUCGCCUUUGCUGAACCAGGAGAGGCCGGGAACACCUUGACCUUCGACCUUUCAAAGGAAGCCGGCAAAUCGGCACUGGUGGAACGCGCCGAGCUCUGGAUCUUUCUCAAAUCGUCGCGUUCCAAUCGCGGGAAAAGCAAAGUGAAACUGCAGCUUCAUGCUGGCGCCGUUGCGGCAGCGGAGAAGACUGUGGAGGCGCGUCGCAGUGGUUGGCACGCGCUAGCGGCACCGCGUUGCGUUCAGGCCUCGCUGGACCGAGCCGACGGUCCGCUAAGGUUGCGGCUGUCAUGCCCGCUUUGCGCUAAUGCUGGCGCCACGCUAGCACUGCCUUCCGCCGACGGCGACCAAUCGCAUCGGCCCUUCCUGACGGUGGCGCUGCGGGCCAGAGAGGAAACGACUCGACGGCGAUCCGCCCGGAGUUUGGACUGCGACGGAAAAACGCGCUCGUGCUGCAAACAACAUUUUUACGUCAGUUUCAAAGACAUCGGUUGGAGCGACUGGAUCAUCGCGCCGUCCGGUUACCGCGCCAACUACUGUGAGGGGGACUGUCCCAACCGCACGGCCGGCGGCGGCUCCGCACUCUCCUUCCACGCCGCCGUCAUCGACCAAUACCGCAUGAGGGGUUACGGACCCUUCCAAAACAUCAAGUCGUGCUGCGUGCCCACGCGUCUGCGCGCCAUGUCCAUGCUUUACUUUGACGACGAACAGAUGAUUGUCAAAAAAGACAUACACGAUAUGAUCGUGGAGCAGUGCGGCUGUUCCUGAAAAAAAGUCGGCCGAUCAUAUGUCGGGUUUUUACGGUGGUCGAACACUGUCGGGCCUUUUGCAAAUUCAAAUCUCGAACGCUAACAGCAACAAUGGAAGCAGACUUACAAAGGUAGACACACGUUGUUAGAUUUGUGACUACGAGAUGACAAUAUACACUAUACCUGUUCCUGCAAUGCACAUUUUGGAUAGAAAACAGGGCCAAAUUUGCACUAUCAGCCAAUGAGUCAAGGGCGUAGGUUUGGUCUCAACAUUGGAAGGGAUGAUAUAACAGCAUAAAAGCAUUUAAAGUAUUUA